CAAGGUUUUACAGUUUUUGAUGAUCAAUUAAAAACUAAAUUCUAAUCGAUAAUGUCGCGUCAUUGUUUUCAUUCAACAUCUAAACAAAAUUAGUCUAAGUCUAUUGUUUUUUUAUUCCUACAAAACCACAAUGCGUUGGUUUGAACAAGGCAUUCCUCAAGCUAUUCAAGCUGCCAAAGUCAAUAAAUCUGUGUUUAUUGUUUUUAUUAGUGGUGAUAAUGACAAGUCCAGAGAAAUGGAAUCUUUCUUACAGUCUGAGGAGGUGACACGACUAUGUGAAGAAAGCCAAAGUGUGGCCAUUAAACUACUGUCUGAUGGUAAUGAUGUCAAGUUUUUUUCACAGAUUUACCCUGUUGUUGUUAUCCCGUCUGUUUUCUUUAUCAGCGACUCCGGUAUGCCACUGGAAGUCAUUGGGGAGUGUCAGUCUGAAGAAGAUUUUCUGAGCAAAGUUAAAAAUGCUCUUCAGUUACAGGCUCAAUCAACAGCCUCUGGUGGUGGAACAACACAGCAGCCAACAUCUCCAGCACCACUUCCUUCUACACCAGAGACAGUGGCAGCUUCAGCAUCUUCACAACCUCCUGCAUCAGGUGCGACUGCUACUGAUAUAACAAAUGAAGAACUAAAUCAAAAAGAAACACUAGAAGAACGUGUAGAGAAAGCCAAAUUGUUGUUAGAACAGAAGAGAGAAGAAAAGAUGCGUAAAGAGGCAGAGGAAGCUAGGCAGCGAGAGAUAGAAAGAAGGAACAUUGGUCAAGGUGUUCAGAAGUUAAGAGAGAAACAAAAGGAGAUGGAUAUCCUGGAGGCCAAAAAGGAACUCAAGAAAGAGAAAGAUGAAGAGAAGUUGGCCAGGCAAAGAGUUAAAGAGGAAAUUGAAAGGGACAGAUUAGAGAAAGCCGCCAGAUUUGGUAAAGAGAAAGAUGCACAGGCUAAAGCUGAAGAGGCUUUAAAAAAGAAAAGAUUAGCUGAACAGCAAGCAGCGGAAGCAGCAGAGUUGGCCAGGAGGAGUGAUAUAGCCAGAAUUCAGUUCCGUCUUUCUGAUGGGUCAUCCGUCACACAGCAGUUCCCUGCAACUGAAAAAUUUGCUGCUGUGAAUGCUUUCAUAAGCCAGCACACUGGCGCCCAGGUGAACCUAUCAAUGGCUUUCCCUCGUCGAACAUUCACAACAGAAGACCUGAAUUUGACUUUGCAGGAACUGCAGCUGGCACCAUCUGCAGUGAUUCUUGUUAUUCCGCGCAGUACAUCUACGUCUGUUGUGCGGAGUUCUUCUGGUUUGUUGAGUGUCUCUGGGAUCACCAAUCUCUUGUUGUCACCAUUCUUCUUUGUUUGGAAAAUAUUUUCCAGUCUGUUUGGUAGCACACGGCUUGCUGUACAGACAAGCUCAACAGUUCAAACUUCUGCUAGGGGAGGAGAGAGAAAUCCUGGAAGUGCCCAGAAGAGAGCAGCUUCCUCCUCCAGACAAGAAGGUUCAGUCAGACGUUUCAGAAAUGCUCAAGACGAUGAGAAUGAUGAGGAUAGAAACACAUGGAAUGGAAACUCAACUCAGCAAAUGUAGAGCCAAUGUUCACAAAUCUAAAAAAUGGAUGUUAAGUUGUUUGGAAUGUUUUUAGCAGACAGUGAAUAAUUUAAGACUUAACUUAUAUUUUGAGUUUUCCUUUUUUUUUUUUUUCAAAAGUUUUGUAAAGUUGUUUUUUUUACUUUUGAUUAUUUUUUUUUUUUUAUUUAAUCAAUUUAAUAUAUGGGAGACAUCAGGUGUAGAUAUUCUUGUUUUAAAAAAAAAUGUAAAAAAAUCAAAGAAUCGGGGAGGGGGGGGGUGUUAAAUUUCAUGAAGACUUGAUUACUGUGAAUUUAGUCCAACACUUAAUACAGAUUGUGUAGAGUCUGUAGACCUAGACAGCAAUGUGUGUACAAGAGAGAUUAAUGUCUGAUAGAAUUCGAAGAAUCUUUAGUUCAAGUGAUGACACAUGCAACAAGUCAAAAUACUGAACAAAUUCACUCUGUAUCAUAGCUCAGGCAUUUACUAGAUAGACUUUGUCAAAAAAUAGUUUUAGGGGAUGCAGUUUUAUAGUUUUUUUAAGGUUUUUGCUAGUUAUGGUUUAAACUUUCACUUUCAAUUCUUGAUUCGAGACAAUUUGAUGCCAUGGUCAAACAUUAGGUAUUUUAAGUGGAGUCAAUUGCUUUGAAAGUGUAGCUUUGACAAUGCUUAAAUGUGGCUUUAUUUGUUAAAAAGAUAUCUUCUUCUUCUAGCCAGCUUUAUUGCUGCUGAGCUGUGAGCUCUUUUGCAGACUGUGCCAAGGAAAAAAAGUGUGCUGUUUUCUUCAGUUGUUCAGCACUGCCGUACAGGGUGUUGGUUAUAUUGGGCUGUAGUGGAAGUAGGGUCUGCCUAAAAGAUAUAAGUUACUGGUGUUCGUUAUUAUCUUGGGGAUAUAGCUAAUGGUGCUCAUAUAUCUCAUUGACUCCUCAAAUGUAAGCUCACAUUUCAAGAAGUCUCAUUUCAUUCCCUUAGUUUAGGCUAUCGGUAACGUAAAACUGCAUGUGGCUAAUGUAGUUGAUUGUUAGCUGCCUCUUGAGGCAAUUUCAACUUUAUUAUAAUUUGUUUAAUUGGUCACCUAUAUAGAGGUAAGAGACAUGAACAAGUUCAAGUCUUAGAAGUCAGGAUUUAAGUGCACUAUUGCUGUAGUAGAACCCAAUGUGACUAUACACACAAUUAUCAGUACUUCAUUACUACUACUGUUAUUAUGGUAUGCUUUGGAAUUAUAAAUCUUUAUUACUUUCAGUGCAGAGUGGGCUUAUAUUCUUUUUUUUAAAAAUAGAAAUUAACUUUUGUGAUACUUUGUGCAAUGUAAAUCACUCUCUGCCAAACAUUGAAAUUGUAAAUAAAUGACCAAAAUACUGA